CCCAAACUUGGAUUUCAACCCAGCCAGAGACUGCGAUUUCAAGGAGUCAGGGAGAAAGUCCCUCUGGACUCUCUUCUAACUUUUUGUAACUUUCCAGCUAACGCUUCCUGAGGAUGGGUGACUGGAGUGCUCUGGGUCGUCUGCUGGACAAGGUCCAGGCCUAUUCCACUGCUGGAGGAAAGGUCUGGCUGUCGGUCCUGUUCAUCUUCAGGAUCCUGGUCCUGGGUACCGCUGUGGAAUCAGCCUGGGGAGAUGAACAGUCUGCCUUCAAAUGUAACACCCAGCAGCCAGGUUGUGAGAACGUCUGCUAUGAUAAGUCCUUCCCCAUUUCCCAUGUUCGCUUCUGGGUGCUCCAGAUCAUCUUUGUCUCCACUCCCACCCUUCUCUACCUGGCUCAUGUCUUUUACCUAAUGAGGAAGGAGCAGAAGCUGAACAGGAGGGAAGAAGAGCUCAAAGCUGUGCAGAAUGAUGGAGGUGACGUGGACAUCCCGCUGAAGCAAAUUGAGAUGAAGAAGUUAAAGCACGGCCUUGAGGAGCACGGCAAGGUGAAGAUGAAGGGUGCCCUGCUGAGAACCUACAUUGUCAGCAUCUUUUUCAAGUCCAUCUUCGAGGUCGGCUUCCUGGUUAUCCAGUGGUACAUGUAUGGUUUCAGCCUGAGCGCCGUCUACACCUGUGAGAGGUCACCCUGCCCACACAGAGUGGACUGUUUCCUGUCUCGUCCCACGGAGAAAACUGUCUUCAUCAUUUUCAUGCUGGUGGUUUCACUGGUCUCCCUGCUCCUCAAUGUGAUUGAGCUCUUCUACGUCUUAUUUAAGAGGAUCAAGGACCGAGUGAAGGGCAAACAGCAGACCACACUCUACCCCAGUGGAGGCACCCUGAGCCCCACUCCUAAAGAUCUGUCCACCACCAAGUAUGCCUACUAUAACGGCUGCUCCUCCCCAACUGCCCCUCUUUCACCGAUGUCACCACCUGGCUACAAGUUAGCCACAGGGGAGCGAGGCACCGGCUCGUGCCGUAACUACAACAAGCAGGCAAACGAGCAGAACUGGGCCAACUACUCCACAGAGCAGAACCGGCUCGGCCAGAACGGUGGAGGCAGCACAAUUUCAAACUCCCACGCACAAGCCUUUGACUUCCCUGAUGAUACCCACGAGCAUAAGAAACUGUCCUCAUCAUCAGCGGGACACGAGCUGCAGCCGCUGGCGCUGAUGGACGCUAGGCCGUGCAGCCGGGCCAGCAGCCGCAUGAGCAGCCGAGCCCGGCCCGACGACCUGGACGUCUAGCUCUGUUUCCCCCUUUUCCCGCCUCGACCUAGCUCCUGCUGACCUGGCUGAGCGGAGGUGUUGCCGCAGCCAGAGGAUCAGGAGGUACUUGGGGAAAGUUCUCAUAAAGGAGGUGGGACCAACCUCAAUCACUGUCUUCAACCUUAGAGACUUUUAGUCAAUAAAAAGAGACAUUAAAAUUAACACUGUUGAAGGUACUACAAAAUGUUUUUUUUUGUUUUGUUUUGUUUGUUUGUUUGUUUUCGAUGACUUUUACUGAAACAUUUUGGUGGAGCUAACCCAGCUUUAAUAGAGCAGAACAACAGCUACAGGAAUGGCGCAAAUAUCUUUCUAACAGUAACAGUCCCUAAAGCAGAUUACUGAAGAGCAGAGGGCCACAUCUGGUGAAAAGGAUUGUGAUUUGGCUUUUGAUUUUCCAAGGUUGCCUUAUGAUAACACAUGCAUCAUCACAACAUUCGAUGUAUUGCACUUCACACGUUUCUGUUCAUUUCUUCUCAGUUUGAUAGACUUGCUGGCCACACUUUUCAUUAUGAGAGUUGCUGUUGUUAGGUGUGAAUCAGCAUUAUUUAUACAGCUUUUUGUUUUUUCUAUUUUCCACUUACAUUUAUCUAUAUAACCCCAGUUCCUAUGUAUAACCACGUCACUUUCUAAGUAGUCACAACAGAGGCAUUUUUUUGUUCUACCAUCUUUUUACCAUCCUCUGCAUAUAAACUUCUAGUGAAACAGGGUUUUGAGGAGAAUGCUGAACAGAAGUUUCAAUGACUAUUUAUUUAUUGCCUAGCAUCUGCAGGUCACCCACCACUAUGAGGAAAAUUUGACUACUAUCCAAUAUCUCCUAUUCACAGAAAAGAUGUUAAGGCACUCCCCAAAACUGCAUAUUUAUUGACAGUAAAGUAAAACAGUCUUCUUCUCCUUUUUUUUUAUUUUGUAAGGAAGUUUUUUUUUUUUUUUUUUUUUUUUCCAGUUACAGUGGACUGUUGUUUCCUGAUAAACUUUGAAUUUAUGUGGUGUCAGUUUAUGUUUUCAGUUUGUGGUUUUAUUUUGUCUUUUCUGGGGUAGGACUGGGGGAGGGGGUGAGGUUUCAGACUGCUGUAGGACCAAUAACACAGCGACUUUUAUCUGCUUUUGUCUGGGUCCCAUAAAGAAAGGCUUUAUUUUGUUCAUUUGAAAAAAAAAAAAGUAUGUUCUCUUUUUUCUUUUUUUGUGGGUGGUAGAGGAAGGCAGUAGAAUGAUUAUUAUUUGUGUUUUACCUAUUUGAGUAAAUGAUUUUUUUUUUUUUUUGGUUUCUGUUUGUAUUGUUUUGUUUUUCAAAGUCAGUGUAAUCAUUGCUGCUUGAGAAAUAGAUAUUUAGUACUGUAAAUCAAGCUAACUGUGUCACAAUAAAAAUGUGAGUUUUUAGAAGACUGCUUAUAGAUCUGGACUAAUAUUUAGUCAAUUAUAUUAAAAAAAAAAAAAAAAAAAAGGUAUAUGCCAAUGUAGCUCCACAACUACCAAAUUCUAGAAUGAAUCUCAAUUUGGGCUUUUUAUGUUUAUUUGUGUUUUUCUUUUUCUUUUUUUUUUUUAUUCUUUUCAAUUUUGCAUCAAAGUAUGUCGGUACUUACAUUUUUUCAUGGAUGUUUUUCAGCUACAAUGGCGUUUGCACUGAGAUCUUGACGAUAGGGGUGUAAUAUGAUGCAAAAAGAAAAAAUAAGUGGCUAGUGUUUUCUGAUAUACGUGUUACUAAUUUAUUUUACAACCCAGAAAUCACUACAGUGCAUUCACUCAGACAGUGCUUUUGUUUGACCGCUGGUUUCACUGAAGGGGCUGUAUGAAAGCUGUGUUCCACUCACAGGGCAGGAGGCGCGUUAGUUUGAUGCAGUUGGUCAGAAGAUGCCAAUCCAUGGGGAUCCACUGUUGUACAGUGUGUAAGUGCAUGAUAGCAAAACAAAAACUUAUUAAUUGUAUCUGUGAAAUGCAAUUUUAACCAAUAAAUUUUUUUUCUUUAA